AUGGAGGAAGCAGGCGAGCUGGGUGGGAAACGAGCCGCAACGGCUAGCAGUAUGAGGAGAGAAAUCCACAAAGGCACCGCAGCACCACCUUUUGGCGUCUUGAGAUACAGAGGUGGCACCAAGAUCUUCACUGCUCAUCAAGAACAACAGAGAGCCAAACACUGCGGGCUUCCAUAUGGGAAAUUGAUCUAUCUCAAUAGCGCUCAUGUUUCAUUCAGCAUCGCUUCCAUUGCGCUCGUUUUCUCGGCUCACCUCAAAGACAUCUCAGCCAUCUUGGAGGCCAAGAGCAAGAUAUCAAACAAUCUUCUCUUUCACCUGGUCGCAAUGAGCAGCGAUAGCUAUUGGAUUGUUCCUCCUCAACCCCCGGGUGGUGGCACGUGGAAAGGCUGUGCUCUGCUCAAGAAGCCAGAUGGAGGAGAUUUCGUGCUAUUUUCUCCCAAUGCCGUGCACCUGAGUGCGAUGCUCCAGGUGCAUGACGCGCACCAAGCAUCUAUCGUCAGUAAUGCAUCUCAGUCGACCUCACAAGACAAUGAGAUGACUGAGUUCAUGGUAAUGGGACGAUGCAGACAUUUGUUGGAUGGCUAUUCGCACACGAACCCUCAAAGCUCAUCAGGACAAAUGGCAGAGAGCUUGAACAGGCUACAUGCCGAUUUGAAAGGAACAAGGUCCCGAGGGCAGAAGUUCAUCACUGCAGCAUACGUCGGCUUCGACUCCUGCAUGCAGGGUCCUGUCUUUGCCAGGGCGGCUAAAGAUGCGGCCAGCUCCAACCCCUCCAAAUCGAUCGCUUCGAAUGAAGCAAAUCAGUCAAGAGAGUCAAACGGUAUCCUUGACCUGAAGGAUCUGAGCUUCAGUUGUGGCUCUGCGUCCUCUUCUGGGGGACAGGGAUUCAUUCCACAUUAUGCAGUAACGUCUCGGGCCAACAUGGGCGUGCUCGUGAAGCUGCUUACCGGACAUUCUCUGGAGAAUGUCCUCCACUAUCGCAUCAGCAGAUACACGCGCCAUGUUCGAAUGCUUAUCCAGGAUCUGGACAGCGGAGGCCCGUUGGUACCCUUCGCCUAUACUGAACCGGAUGUUCGUUCCUAUAUGUCGCCGGGAAAAGAUCUCAGGAACAUCUUAGAACAGGAUGAGUAUUUCCCGAGCGACCAUAACCUACCAAUAUCCCAAAUAGCCUGCGAUACAUUGCUAUUAUCUCGACAAGAUAACGACGGCUUGUACUCAGGAUACCGCUACCAGGCCGCACUCACAGAGGCUUUGGAAUACCCCGAUGAACUACUCAGUAUGUUGGAGGAGUUCGCCACGCUUUUCCCACAUGAUAUACUGCCUUUGCGGACCUUGCUCCUGGGCUGCCAUCUGUGGGCGGACAUCACAGGACACAGGGUCCUAUACCUAGAACGACUCUUUCAGAGCUGCGAAGAUCAAAGUGCGGUGCCGCAGGUACCAGAUGUCCCUCUCGCGGUCUGCCUAGUAUACUACCCGCAUUGGCUCAAGUGGACGGAGUGCAUGGGCCUUUCCGAGUUUCCACAUCCAUUCCGCUUCAUGUCACAAGCCCUCAAGUCGGAUAUGGACAAGGAGGCCAUUGGCAUUGAUCCUGAUAGCAUUGACCAGGCCCGAGUGUACUCGCUUAUUGCCAAAGCAAAGAGUCGGAUUCCUCUCAUGGACGCAACUCAUCGAAUCGAGAUCAUGCCUUGCUACAUGCCCGGGAGCAAGAUGCCGCCCAUGUUUGGGCCAACGGUAGAGCUCCCCGAAAAGGUGCCACUCGCCCUCACGGGUCUACCAGAUGUUCAGUACCUUGGACUGAAGAGCUACAUUCGACCCGACAGCUCGAAGGACGAAAGACCAUCAAGAAUGCAGUCCAUUCAAAGGACGUCCAAGUACACCACCGUGUCAUUACCUAGGCAUGUCAGGGAUGACUUGUUCGCCAUUCCAGGAAGGCUCUUCGAGACCUCGACAGGCCCCAACCAUGUCUCCAAUGACGCCCCAAACAAACGACGCAUGGAGCCAGUAGGUUCAGGUAGUUCAUUGACGGGACGGCCUCCCAAGAAGGCUCGUGGCCUAGAUGUCACGCAGUCUGAUGCAUCCACGUCAAAUGUCACCGCCGGAGGCAUGUCAACAUCAUCUACUGGACACGGCUGGGAACACGUUUGCAGGGAGUAUGAAAACGUAUUGAAUACUUGGGCCGAGGCGCAAAAUGGGGUAGCACAUUGGGCACACCAAGAAGGACUCCAACAGUUCAAUGAACUGCCCGAAAGUCAACAGUCAGGAGAGAAACUGAGAGAAAUGAUUGACUUAGCCUUUGCCCAAGAAGACACAGAUGCGUUGCAUCUGUUAAAGGACUUUGGAAUAAGGCAAGCGUCAUCAAACACGUUCCCACUCGGCUAUGAGUUUCUAAGCAUUGAUAUGCCUUUGGCAUUUGGGAAAAUGCUUGGCUUGAGACCUCCGGCAAACCCGUCGCUCGACCUAUGGAGGUCGCAGUGUCUGGAAGACGGAAGAGAAGCGCCCGACUUGUGGAGAUCUUAUUUCAUGCUGCAGUGUCUUCAGAAAGGAGGAAGGACGUAUCUCAGGGCGAAAAGUAUUCGGACAGCAUUGCAGAGAAGCAUCGACUGCCCCGGGGAGCAGCAAGAGAUACUGAGAGUUGAAGUCAUCCGACUGCUCAGUGAUCUUUGGAGGACGAGCCCGAAUGGUUGGAGGGGCAAGUUGGAAAGGUUCAUAAAGGAGCAAGAUUCCUUUACGAUAUGCUCGACGACUGGAAAUGAUAGCUUGUAUGAAGAUGACUCCUCGGAUACGGACAGUACCUGGGACGGGGAGGAUACCUCGGACGAGGAGAGCACUUAA